GUGUAUAUGUGUGUGUGUUUUCAAGUUUCAGGUGCCUGGGGAACGGUAACUCCAGAGCAACCAAGCGGGGGCCGGCAGGACCUCCUCCCAUAUCCUUCUAUAUCACUGGCCAGCGAUCAGGUUGGGAGCUGGUUUCUUUCCCAGCUUGUCCAGGCUUGAUUCCAGCAACCCUGCUGCUUCUUCCGGUGCUGGGUGCUCGCCUUUCCUCCUCUCUUAGCAACCAGGAGUCUGUGGACGCCACCAAGCAGCAACUGGGAGGCUGCAGGGAGCCCGAGCGAGGAAGGGAGGCACCCAGCCCAGCCCAGGUGCUCUGAGCCCCACCGCUGCAGAGCAAAGCCGCCGCUAGCCGCAUCUGCGCCUGCAGCGGGGUCCAAAAGGGAUUCAGCAAAAAUGAGCCAUUCUCACCCCGCUGGAUUACUUGCCACAUAUAAUAGCCUCACAGACAAACACCUGGCUGGGUAUUUCAGCAAUACCAGGAUCAGGCGGCACCUCCUAAGAUCCGGGCUGAUCACGAGAAGUGGGAGGAUACUUUCUGAAAAGGAACAGAAAGCAAACACCAUGAAGCGGGAUCAUCAGAAACACAUCCGGGAGUGCUUAGCCCAAGCCAUCUUCCACAAGGUCCUCGACAUGGAGCGCUACCACCAGCUUGAAAUAAAAAGGAAACUGGAUACCUUAGCUCGGAAGGAGCGGAUUCAGAGGCUGAAGGGAGAACGUACAAGACGUUUUAUUGAAGAUAACAUGCCCAUUCUGACACCCCACCCCCCAGCUGGCCCAAAGAGUAACCGUGGCUGUAGCGUUCUGGCUGAGGAAGGACGUUCUAGUCCAUUAACACUGACAGCCCCUCGGCCAUAUACUGCCCCAGGAAAUAUGCAGCCUCCGAUUCGAUUGCAGCCUCUUCUCAGUAAUCACACAACGAGAAAUGUUUCAAAGAUAACUCCAGAGUCCAAACCCAAAAUCUCAUUGUUGGAAAGCGAAACUCCGUUUCCUAUUGGGGGCAAGAAGGCGAUGAUGAAGUUCAGGAACUCCAUGGACAAUUCCCAGAGGCUGGAUGCCUACCAACUUCCAGACAUUAACAUUUACCAGAUACCUGUCCCCCCGACACCCCAGCCCCAAGCAGGAAAGAUCUUCAGGGAGAACAGGUUCGAGCCUUGGAGGAGGAAGAGGCUGCGUCCCAUCACCGCUCCCAAUGGCUUAGAGCCCCUCUGCACCAGGGACCCAGGGAGGAUUUACAAAGCAGCACCGCACAGCAAUGCAGUUAUCACAAUGAUCUAUUUUGGGAAAAAUGUGCACCUAUCUUAUGAGGACACAGACUUUCGAGAUGAAAUCAAGAUUUACCAACAGCACUGUGGAGGAGAGAACCUUUGUAUCUACAAAGGCAAACUGCUGGAGAAAGACACCUUCCAAUUUAUCUCCAAGCGACACCAUGGCUUCCCCUUCAGCCUCACCUUCUUCUUGAAUGGGAUCCAGGUGAACAGGCUGAGCUCCUGCUGUGAGUACAAGCACCGCAGGAGCUCGAGGCUCGGAGGCAAGCGAGGCUACUUCGGGUUUGUGAGUGUGGAGAAGGCAUCUCCCUGCUACAGAUGCAUUAUUGCCAUGGGCCUUGACAGAAAACCAUCUUCAACAAAACCUAGGAAGGAAAAGAUUGCUGAGAAGAAGGAGGAGCCACUGAAGAAGAGUCAGGGGAAAGUGAGGAAAGACAGAGAGAAUGUACCAUUGAGAAGGAACGAGAUGGAAGGGAAAGAAACCUCACUCUCAGCCACUUUUUCAGCUGAGGAACUAAAAUCAGUGGUCGGAGAAGUGAGGACGGCUAUGGAGGAGAUGGAAUGGAAGGGCAAGUCAGGACAAGAUGUCUGGGAAGAGGACCAGGAAAACACCUUUACAUACGACUAUGAAGAAGAUUUCGAAGUGGAUGAGGAAAAGCAGGAUGAGAGAGCUGAGGAUGAGGGUCAAGCUGAAGAUCAGACGAGCAUAACAUCCAAGUCACCCGUGGAAGGAGAAAAAGAUAAUUUCAGCCUUGAAAAGGAGAUUGAAAUCUCUUCAGAGAAGGCACCCGAUGCCAGUGCCUGUGUGAAUGGCGAGGAUGACAGGUGCUUGGACAGUGAAGAGGAGGAUAAACAAGAUAUUAAGACCGUUUCUUCGAACUCGUCUAGAAGUCACCCCUACUCCAGUGAAAGCGAAGACGAAUCUGCGGAGCCGAGCACAGAUGUGCACUCCGGAAACAGUGCAGGGGGAAGUUCCAGAAGUUCCUCUUCUCAGGACCUACACGAAAGUGACGACCAAGGAAAGUACCAUAUCCCAGUUGAGGAGUCCUUGGAAACUGAAAUCGAGGAGCAAGAAAUCACUAAAGUAGAAGAGGUUCACGAGCCUCCGCUGACAGAGGUUAGUUGUUUGCCUGCUGAGGAAGAACCAGUGGAGGUAACCAAAGAGAUUACAGAACCCAAGACGUCUGGGCAGUCUGCUUUCCCAGAGGCAAAGGUUAGAAGCCAGCUCCAGGAAGGAGGCACCUCCGUGGUGGAGGACAGAAUAGCCGACCUCUCUGGGCUGGAAGAAGAGGUUGGACAGAAAACAGGUGAAGCCCAAGCACCUGGCCACUACCGCUCCAACACUGAAGCUGGACUUAGCAGCCCAGGGGAUGAGGUGACACCCACGAGGGAACUGGAGGUCAACCUGGGAAGAGUGGUGGAGGAAAGAGCAGCCUUCAGCUCACACGAGCAACCCGAGCAAGCUGCACCGGAAGAAUGCACACCAGAGAAGGAAUCAGCCAUGGAGGAAGAUGAACGUUCCCAGCCUGAGGAUGCUAACGCCGAUGCUCAACUGAGGAAGAAAGCAGAGACAGAGGAAGCUGAAGCCUGCCAUACCCUGGAUGCUGACAUGGCUGUUGGGCUGAGGGAGAAAGCAGGGAUUGCAGAGGUCUCCUUGCAGGAGAAGAGCCCCAAAGAAGAGCAGCCAGUGUUAGCAGAGCAGUCUUCAAAGAAAGGAGAACACCGUCUGAGCACAGCUAGUGAUGCUGAGGCUGAGGCUGAGGCAGGUGCAGAAAGACAUAGCACGCAUGAUGAGAAACAGUUCACACCCGCAGGAAAACCAACAGCGGUCGACUCAGUGUUUCUAAGUAGAGACCAAGCUCUGGACAGUCAGAGGGAUGGGGGCUCUGACAGGCAGACAGUUCUGGAGAAAGAAAAGACAGUUUCUGAAAGUGAGCAGAUAUUGGAAAAGGCAGUGCUCACAGAUAACUCAGUGCUUAGCUCAGAGAUCCUUGGGGAAUCAGCAAUUCCAAAAGAAGCAGAGGUUCCUGAAAUGGAGGAAGGAAAAAGAGAGGUGGGCUCCUCAAGACCAGACGGGGACCAAGGCACAGAGGGAGCCCUUACAGAGGACAUGGAGCCUGUGGUGGACACAGCACCAGAGAGAGAGGAUGGUUUUGAAGAGGCAGUACUUGGAAGAGAGACAGCAGCUACAGGGAGGAAGGAAGUUCUAGAAGCAGAAGCACCCUUGAGUUCCUCAGCAGGAGAGGCAAGCUCCACGGAGGUUGUCCAGGGCAACCCUGAGGAACUCUGUCAAGAAGACACAGCAAGGGAGGGAGUUACAGCUAGUGGAGAAUCUGCCCUGGAACAGGAUCCCAGAGCAGUGUUCCCUGGGGAAUCUGCUGCAGCUGAAGAUGAGAAGAAAGCCGAGAGGCCCUCCACACCUGUGAGAGAAACUGGAUCUGAACGAGAAGCAGAGACAGGGGUCAAGGUGUUAAAGAUGGCAGAGAAAUUAGAAGAGCAAAAAGUUAAGGGGGAAGAGGAGGGCACAGAGAAGGAAAUCAGGUCUGGGGGAGAGGAGGGCACAGAGAAGGAAGCGAGGUUUGGGGAAGAGACCCAUGCAUCCCCCAUCAAGAUCAAGCCUGAUACUAAGGACAGAGAUCCCACAGGGACAACCGAGUUGAGUAAGGACCCAAGGCUUCUAGAAGAUCCACCCAAAGAUAGAACCGUUGCCUUGUUUGAAGCAAAACCUCAAUUUGGGAAGUCACUGGGAGAGAAUGAAGCCACAGCCACAGAGCACAAAGAAGAGGUCCCAGGCCAGGAGAGUGAGGCUCCAUUGCAGCAGAGGAAGCCACUAAGCCAUCAUGGAAAGGGCUUGUUAGGAAACCCUGGACCUGAGCCAGCAGGCAGAGCUCUGGGGCCUGAGAGUACUUUCUCAGCCGGAGGUCAAGAGGGGGCUUCCAAAGAGCUAGGCAGCCUCGAAGGACCAGAGAGACAGGAUGAGGAAGGGCCUUUGCAAGUGCAAAGAAGGGACAUGGUGAUGACACACGAAGAUUUUCUAGAGGAAAGACUGGCCAUAGCAGAGGUGUCUGGUAAAGAGAGUGAGGGUGAGAAGCUGGAGGAAGAGGGACGUGAGGAUAAGGGGCACCCUACAGGGACAUUGACUGGCAGCCUGGCAGGGCAGGACACAGUCAAAGAUGAGGAGGAUCCAUGUGGAGGAGGAGUUGAAGAAACAGCUUCAGAGCAGACAGAAGUGCUGGCAGCGUCAGUGUCAACUUAUGGGGACGGUGUGGCCUCCUCCUCUGCAGUUGUCCAGAAGGAGGCUUCAGGAGAAACAGCAGCUGAGGAAAGGGUGAUGACUGAGGACAUGACAGAGAAGGUGGCAGUGGUAAAGGAAGUGACAUCAGCAGGGGCUGCUGAGAUCACACAGGAACUGUAGGCUCCGGAAGUGUGUGCAGGACUCAGAAGAGGGCAAGGGAGGACCUCAGCAUGGCUGGGGAGGAGGCAGGAACUGAGGGAUGCCAGUGAGGAGCAGCUGAAGAGUUCGGAGGACCAGCGCCUCAAAGAGACAGAGCUCACCAGUGUCUAGGGCAGCACUUCCCAGGAAGCUGGAGUUUUCUAGAACCCUGUGGGAAACAUCUGGAAAAACUGCACAGAACGUGCAGAUGUUCCCUUGAGCACAGCCGAGUCUACUGUGCUCCUUACUUGCAGCCUUCAGUUGCAGCUGCUCAGCCUCACGCUGACCUGAAGAGCCAAGUGGACACGGGGGAGGACUAGAGCUCACAGAGGAGGCUGCUCGGCUCUCUAUGUGGCUGUCAUCCUUAGGGUAUCUUUGAAAGUGGGGUUCCCUGAAGUGAGAUCCUUGUGUCUCACGAGGCUCAAGGACAAAUACACAAUACACAGAGAAGUUGGACAUUGAGGAUCUGCGGGAGGGGAAAGAACAUGAGCAAAAUAUAUUGUAUACUAAUUAAAAAGAUGUACAGAGAAGGAUGUGCCCCCAGAAAUAAGGGGUUAAGCUCACUCUAGAGUUCUUUCCCAUUAACUUUUUCAUACACACACAUAAUGUGCUUUGGUCAAAUCCACCUCCUCCUCUCCCCUCCAACUCCUUCAAGCCUCCCACCCCCACUUUAGGGUUUUGAAGGAUGGAACAGAGUUCACCUGUGGUCAUUUAAUCUUGUAAGGCUUCUUUGGUUUUACCUCUGAUGUUUUACAAAGUUUAAUAAAUGUAUGUCUUCCAUACAUAGAUUGCAAAUACUUAAUAUCCAAUGUUUAGUAUACAUAUAUUUAAUAACAUUUAAACACCUAGGGGGUAAACAUGUCCUGUUAUUUCUGACACUCCAUGGCCUCAUUAGUCCUCAGCUCCUAAUAUUUUGAAUGAUUUUAUCCACUGUGCUAUCUUUUCCCCAGCAUAUUGUGAAUUAUCACAGUUGAAGAUGCAGAGUGGAAAUGACCAAGGCAGGAAGUUCACCAGGGCUUCAGGUUGCCUUUUCACCCACUGCUGGCCUUCUUUGGUCUUGGUCUGUAGGCGCUAGUCAGUAGGUUAAUCAGCGUGGUGAGAAGGGCUUAGGUAGAUUUGCCCUCAAGGGAGCUGCGGCCCCAAACAGAGACUGGGGGAAUUGAACAUUCUGCACAGCUGUAUUUAAACUGAAACGAUGGUUUUCAAAUAUUUGACUUUUUACCAAAGAUUACCAGAAGGUGAGUCCUGAUGGUUUGAAUUUGUUGAAAUCACUUUUUAUUUUACAAUAAAAUAUUAGCCCCCAUCUCAUCCAUGGGGUUCUGUCUUCAUCACCAAUUCUUUGGAAGUGAGCUGCUCAGUGUCUUCCAUGUCCACUUAAAACUGAAGAUUGCCUCAAUCCUUUCCAAGUCCUUCCAGGAAAAGGAUGCCAUAGUAUGGAAAUUCACUUUCUCUUGGAAACAUUAAUUAUUCAUAUUUACACCUGGAGUGUGUGUGUAAAGUAAGAACUUUCCUGAAAAUACCUUUUGUUUGUAUGCCUUUGUGGCCCAUUUUCUCUGAUAGACUAGCAAAGUGUGGCUUUCAGCAUUUUAUCUUUGGUAGUGUUAUUUAUCAGGCUGCUCACAAAUGCAAACAAAAAUCUAAGUACUUCAUCUAAUUGCAAUGUAAAUGUAGUGAUUGUAAUGGGAAGAUGUUCAUCACACACACUCUUGGAAGACAUGAUCAAUCACAAAUGCUCUGGGAAUAUGUGGUCCAUCACACACACUCUGAAAAACGUGGUCCAUCACACAUACUGGGAAGACGUGGUCCAUCACACAUACUGGGAAGACGUGGUCCAUCACACACUCUGGGAAGACGUGUCCAUCACACACACUCUGGGAAGUUGAGAUAGACGUGGUCCAUCACACACACUCUGGGAAGACGUGAUACAUCACACACACACUGGGAAGACGUGGUCCGUCACACACACUCUGGGAAGUUGUGGUAGACGUGAAGACAUGGUCCAUCACACACACUCUGGGAAGUAAUGGUAGACGUGAAGACAUGGUCCAUCACACACUCUCUGGGAAGACGUGGUCCAUCACACACUCUCUGGGAAGACGUGGUCCAUCACACACACUGGGAAGAUGUGGUCCAUCACACACUCUGGGAAGACGUGGUCCAUCACACACACUCUGGAAAGACGUGGUCCAUCACACACACUCUGGGAAGAUGUGGUUCAUCACACACUGUGGGAAGAUGUGGUCCAUCACACACACUCUGGAAAGACGUGGUCCAUCACACACACUCUGUACCUGAUGUCAUUCUGAAGAUCUGCAGCCUGUGCUCCUUCCAGGGUUCUGCUAUUUCAAGCCUGAGUGAUCACAGUUAUUCUCCAGAUGGUGCCCAGAUAUGAUUUCCUAAUUGGGUAUCAACGUAUUCUGAGCAGCAAAUUUUCUUGAAGACAUCCCUACACCAUGUUCCAAAGCUCACAUAACUGGCCCCAUUUCAACAAGAGAGGGGAUGAGAAUUAUCCAAGGCAGCAAGUCCCCAGCCAGGAGGAGAAUCAACCUCUCAUGGGUACUUACUUUCACGACUGAACUCUUUUCCCUACCACAAAGCUUCAGAUAUAUUUGGUUAUAAAUGAAGCUAAGUCUCACUAUUUUAUUUUUUUCUUUAUUCUAUGUAGCCGAAGUUGUGGGCCCCUUGCCUGAGUUACCAGAUAGUCAUGCUGUCUGCCAUCUGCUCUGUGUUGCUAUUGUUAAGGUGUCCUGUUGUUACAGAUGGUUUUCAUUUUGAUGAACAAUGGAGUUUUUUGAAAAUCAAUGAUAUACCAGAGUAGACAUAUUGGAACAGAGAGUGGACGGAUCACUUUAUCACAGACAUUAUCACCUAGAGUUUGCCACCUGCCCUCCUCUCAUAAUUAGAAACUGCAUAGGGUAUUGGAGGAGGGGCUAGAAACUGCAGCUUUACCACACCUCGGAGGUGAUUCUAAUGUGCACCAAAGCCUGGACUCUGCUCAGAUGGAUCACUGUUUACACUGAGGCCUCAUGGUGGUUGGAAAACAGACUGCAGGAGCAUUGUCCUUGGGACAAAGCAUACAACUUGUCCUCUUAUACGGUCAUUCUAAAGGAGAUGGUAAUCAGCAUUUAAGUAUGAUUGUAUGGAGUGUUUUUGGAACUUGCCUCUCCCACUGAAGAACACGUUGACUGAAUCUGGCAGCAGCCUCCCUGCCCUCUUCUCUGAUCCAUGGCUGGAUCUCAUCCACUCCGCAUUUGGUUCCCCAGCAUUAUCGCCACCACGCUAGGCCUCCACCCCACAUUAUCUUCCAUGCCACAGAGCAUGUUGAACAAAAGCACUGAUGAGAAGGAUUUGAAAAACUUGUUAAUCACUUUGAAAAAUGAGUUUUGUACAAUGUGCUAAAUGGAAAUUGCUUCGGAUUAUUUUUAUAUUUAACACCUCCCUCCGGCCCAGCCUGUAGCACAAUUCUACAAUCUGCAUGUGGGCUUAACUGUGAAAUUCAGUGUUGUGUUGUUUUGAUUGAGUGAAUUUUAU